AUGGCAGGAAAAAACACACGUAUGCAGCAGUGGCUGCAAUAUCGCGUAAGAGUAGCCAUAAAGGAUGGACGCAAGUUCGUUGGAACUUUUAUCGCCUUUGAUAAACACAUGAACCUUGUACUGGCUGAUUGCGAGGAAUUCCGUAUCACCAAGGGCAAGGGACCUGAUAAAGAAAAAGUGGAAGUCAAGAGAACGCUUGGGUUUAUAUUACUUCGCGGAGAAAAUAUCGUAUCGUUCACUGCAGAAGCUCCACCAGCAGCACCGAUGGUACCGUAUGCUAUGGGAGGUCCUGGAAAGGCUACCCCGGCGGGUCGUGGAAUACCACUGGGUAUGCCACGACCAGGUCAACCGGGUAUGCCACACCUACCUCCGGGAGGGAUGCCUCUUCAGGCACCGAUGCGUGGCUUGGUUGGCGCUGCACCGUUACAAAUGGCACCGCAACAAACACCUGUCGGGACCAUGCCACCACGGCCCAUGUAA